AUGAAGGAGGCGAGUGGACGUCGCUCGUGGCCUGUACUGCGCGCACUGGUGGCCAAGAACUGGACGGUUAAGAGACGUCACCCGCUCGUGACGCUUGUUGAAGUACUCGGCCCGCUGCUCUGCAUCCUGCUGAUCGCGGCAGUGAAGAGGUCCGAGGUGGAUCUGAAUAUCCCUGCGGGGUGGUCCACCAGCGACUCCAAUGGGUCCGCUCCAGAGUUCGGUUCUUCGUGGGACCUCUUCUCGACGACAGACUUCAACUCGGCGCUAAACGAUGGCUUGGGUCGUACAGGGAUCACCGUGCCGGAGAACCCAGAGAGCGGCAGCGGUGAUGCGCCUACGCUACCAUUCAGUCUGCCCAUUGAGAUCUGGUUCCACGUGGAUGAACUCGGAGACUUCCACGGCUUGUUCGCGUCGCUCCAGCAGCUCACCCUCACAGGCCAAGGGCUUUUAUACUCCAAAAUUUACGCCAUUCACAACAGCCUCUUCGACCGCGUGCUCUUCCUAGAUGCCGACAACGCGCCUGUGAGAGACCCGACUUUUCUGUUCGAGUCGCCAGAACCCUUUUCAACAUCUUCCGAGACGGCGAUGCUAUGGGAGCUCCUCGACACGCCGUUUGUCGACAUGUUUGAACAGGAAAGCGGCCAGGUUCUUAUCGAUCGUGUCCGGCAUAGUGCGGCGCUUGAGCUCGUGAACUUUUACGCAUUCCACGAACCCAAUUACCUCAGGAAACUCGACAUUUUCUAUGGAGAUAAGGACCUCUUCCGCUUUGCCCCACCGGCUUCGGCGGGCUGGGUGAUCAACGGGUCGUUCUGCGGUAUGACGAUGGCGGACGGCUACCCUGACCCGGUCAUCUGGUCGCACUUGCUGUCGUUCAACUCAAGUGUCGACCUCAAAAACUACACGAUUGAGGACUACUGGGCAGAGGGGCAACUAUGCUUUGGCCAUCGAGAGGUGGGAUAUAGCGGGGUCUUCUACUUGCAGGACUUCGCCAAUCUCAGCUUCGCUGGUAUCGAAACGGGCCUGCGACGUUUUGCGAAGGAAGCGAUUGACCUUCGGGACGAUAAUUGA